AUGCCAGCCAUGUUUUACGCUGGUCCAGUCACAUCGACCUCUCCGCCUCCGGGCGAUGUUCCUUUACCGGCUUUCUUCGCGAAGAAGAUCGUCCCUGUCGCCGAUGCAACCAACGAUCUGAUCAGAAUCCUGCGUCUAGAUGUUGCAUGA